AUGGUAUCCGUGGAAAAGAAUCCUUCGCUUUUCCUUUCAGGACCGGGAAACGCUUGGGUAGGAGAAAGUCCCUACCCCAGUAUCACGGAAGAGCACGAUGUUAUCAUCCGAAUCGCUUAUGUUGGAGUGUGCGGGAGUGAUAUAUCUUUCUGGACGAAAGGAGGAAUAAGCGCCAAGGUUGAUGCAUCCCGUCCUCUGAUCAUGGGCCACGAGGCAUCAGGAACUAUCCACGAAAUCGGCUCUGCAGUGUCGUCUCUCAAUGUUGGGGACAAGGUAGCCAUCGAACCCGGUGUGCCGUGUCGGAGAUGCUUGCCUUGCAAAGCGGGUCAAUACAAUCUCUGUCCCAAGAUGGUGUUUGCGGCCUCUCCUCCCUUUUCCCAUGGGACACUCGCGAAGUAUUUUAAGAUAGCAGAGGACUUUUGCUAUAAGUUACCGAGUUUUGUCAGUUUAGAGGAGGGUGUUUUGGUGGAGCCUUUGGCAGUUGCAAUGCAUGUUUGCCGGCUGGCAGAUAUCAGACUCGGACAAGACGUGAUAAUCUUUGGUUCGGGAACUAUUGGUCUCCUUUGUGCUGCAGUGUCAAAAGCAUUGGGAGCACAACAGAUUAUCUCUGUCGAUGUCAACGCUAGUCGACUAGAGUUUGCUCGAAAGUUUGCCGCCACUGGUACAUUUCAGCCUGACAACGACUCGUCUGAGACUAUCGCGGGCAAGAUCAAAGAAGCCCACAAUUUAGACGGAGGAGCUGACGCAGUUCUGGAAGCCACAGGAGUAGAAGUCUGUAUCUCUACGGGAAUACACGUUCUCAAGAAAGGUGGAACAUUCAUUCAGGCUGGCCUUGGGAAUCCAGGCAUUCAAUUUCCGAUCACCACGUUAUCAGAGAAAGAAAUAACCAUGAAGGGAUGUUUUCGCUACAGCGCAGGAGACUACGAAUUGGCGCUGCAUCUUCUCGAAUCAAAGAGAGUUUCUGUAAAGGAGCUCAUUUCCUCAUUUGUGGACUUCGAGCACACCACGGACGCAUGGGAGAGGACGAGGAAAGGGGAUGGCAUCAAGAACCUGAUACGUGGGCCCCAGAAUUGA